CAGACUACAGAAAAAUCCACUACUGUCUCCAUGGCACCGACAUCUUCCAAGACCACCACCACAAGCACCACGGUGCUCACCAAGACCACCAGCCCUCCGGCAACAAGCACAACCACAAUCGCUUCCUCAAGCCCAGCCAAGUCUGUUUCCCCUUCAACAAAAGGUACGACCAGCAUCGCAUCCACAAGUGCAACAACCACCACACCUGCCAGCAUUGCCAGCACCACCAAGACCACUCCUGUGACAGAAACCACAGCCACCACCGUCCUCACUCCUAGAGAGACCACCACAAUUACCAGCAACUCUGCCAUUACCAAGAUUUCUCCUAUUCCAACAGACCGUCCAACCGCCAUUGCAACCACACCUACCAACGGUGUCAGCAGUACCAAAACGUCACCCUCUGGGACAGAAUUCACUGUCCCCACAUCUACCAGUUCACCACCCAGCUCCUCAACUACAUUCACUCCUGCAACAAUGUCCACUGUAGCAACGCAGAGUAUAGCACAAUCCCCUAGUGCAAGCAGUUCUGCAGCUGCUACUUCACCGUCAAGCCACCUUACAAGCACUUCUGCAUUCUCCAGUUCUUCCCUCACCACAACUUUCUCAACUCCCUGUUUUUGUCACGUGUUUGGUGAUCUGUUUUCCCCUGGGGAAGUUGUAUACAACAGAACAGAUAAGGCUGGAUGUAAUUUUUAUGCGCUUUGCAGCAACGAAUGUGAAAUUGCCCCAUUUCAGGGCCCAUGUCCUAGCACAACUCCUUUAACUUCGGUGUUCUCAGAAACUACAACGGAAGCCUCCUCAUCAGCAUUUUCUUCUGCUUCCACAGCAACAUCCCUCACAACUUUACUAGAAAGAAACUGUACUGAUGUCAGUCCUCCACGAAAGCCUGGAGAGAAAUGGACGAGUGAAUGCCAGGAGUGUGUCUGUGACCCACGCAGCGCCACGGCACAAUGUCAGCCACAUCCCUGCCAAAUACGUCAGGAAGUAGUUUGUGACAUAGGAUUUAUUUCCUCACCUGUAGUACCAGUAGAAGACCCGUGCUGUCCUGAAUUGAUAUGCCGGGAAAUUAACAACACCUGUGAGGUUAAUGGUACAAAAUUUCUGCCUGGAACAUCUCUAAUUGAUUCAUGUAAGAAUUGUACCUGCAGUUCUGAGAAAGAUCCAGUGACUGGGAAAAACAUUGCACAGUGUGAAGAACUUAAAUGUGAAACAUCUUGCCCACCGGGAUACGAAUAUAAGAUCAAGAAUGGAGAGUGCUGUGGGAAGUGCGUUGAAGUAGCUUGCAGAAUUCGACUAAGUAACAACACUGUAUAUGUGCUCCGAAUCGAUGAAAUUCUGCCACUUGAUCUCUGCAGCCACUACAAGUGUGAAAAAAUUGAAGAUCAGUUUGUUGCAGUUCAAACCAAAAGAAUAUGUCCCGAGUACAAUCCACUGGAGUGUGAUCCUGAUGAAGCAGAGACUACUCCUGAUGGCUGCUGCAAGAUAUGUAAACCUACUAACUGCAAAGCUUACAGCACAAAAACUGUGAUCCGACACGAAGACUGCGAAUCCUCUGAAGCUGUUGAGUUGACACAUUGCGAAGGGACUUGUCCUGGCUCCUCUGUGUAUUCUCUUGAAGCAAACCAGAUGCAACACGAGUGUACUUGCUGCCAAGAGGUCAGCAGCCACAGAAGAGACGUGAUCCUGAAUUGCCAAAACGGAACAAGCAUCAAUUACAACUAUGUCUACGUGGAACAAUGCCAGUGCAUGAAUGCGUGCAACUCACAAACCCCUCAAGAAGAUGAUUACCCAUCAAAAAUUGGUCAAACAUGGACAUGAUCAUUGCAAAAAAAAAAAACACAAAAAUAGACCCUAGGAAAGCUAGAACUGUAUCUUCCUCAGAAUAACCUGUGCUCUUUCUUUAACUGAUAUUUCAGUUUGUUAUUACUUCUCUUUUUUCUUACUUGUAAAAGCCAAAAAACACUUAAGUAUAAUUUUUUAUUUAAGUGAUACAGUUUUCAAGGUAAAAAUAGGUGACCAUGUAAAAUAUAUUUCUGUACAUUAUGCAAAUAUGUCAAUAUGUAUCAGCAUGAUCACAAAACUGACAUUUUGGGAAAAGUUUAAACUGCUCCAAAAACAAAACCAGAAAACAUCAUAGUUACAUUGCACUCAACUCUUACAGCUAGAGAAAGUUUUAUUGCAUAGCAUUUUUAUGGAUAUAAUGCUCUUAAAAGACAUCACUUGGUGACAGGGAAGAGACUGUUUUCCUGUUCAUCCUGUCUCUUAUUUGAUCAAUAAAACUUUCAGCAUUUUUCAGU